UGCAUCUUGAGGCGUUUUUGGCAAGCAUGAGUGGAAGCAUGGCGGCAAUUGACGGCGCAGAGGUCGCGAAGCAUAAUACCAAGAGGUCGUGUUGGAUAGUGCUGGAUUCGAAGGUGUAUGAUGUCACUUCGUUUUUGUCGAAGCAUCCCGGCGGCGCCGCGAUUAUUUUGAAGCAGGCGGGGACGGAUGCGACGGAGGAAUUCAAGAAAUACCACCCUCUCGAUUAUGUCAACGACCUCCCGCCUGGGAGCCUCCUCGGCCCGGUCGAUCCUAACACCUUCGGCGAAUUAAGAACAGCAAAGGAGGAGAAAGCAACGUCUGCAUCAAAUGCAGAUACUGAAAAAGAGAUUCCUCAUCCCACGCUCUGCGUCUCAUGCGCCGACUUCAAAAAAGCGGCGAAAGCUGUCAUGCCGCGCAAGUCGUACAUAUACGCGUCGACGUCAGCGAAUACCGGACAUUCCUUGAGGACGAACCUAGACGACUGGGGUCGCAUCAACUUCCGCCCACGCGUGAUGCGAGAUGUCGGAGACGUAGAUACGCGCCGCGCCAUUUUCGGGCACUCGUCUCUAUAUCCCUUCUACAUCUCGCCAAUGGGCACUCUCGGCGCUAUCCAUUCCGGCGCAGAGCCCGAGAUGGUGCGUGGUGCAGUACGCAAAGGCGCGCACAUGGUCGUCAGCACGGCAUCCAGCAAGUCCGCCGAGCAGAUUAUGCAGACGUUCCACGACGAACAGACGCGGCUGAAGAACGCGAGUCCGACGCAGCUCUUCUACCAGUUCUACAUGCCGGUCGAUCGCAAGCGGGCGGUUGCUCUGAUGCACAUAGUGAAAAAGUGCGGGUAUAAGGGGCUGUGGAUUACGGUAGACACCCCGGUGCUAGGUAAGCGGACUGCGGAUCGCGUGCUGCAAGCUGAAGAGACGCUGGCUGUGGGCUUGGAGGAGGAGUCGACGGCGGAGUGGGAGGCCGCGGAGGAGAAUGCGUUCUCGCCUGCGUUCGGUGGCCGGGUGGUCGCCGGGCAGCUCAGUCCGCAUACGACGUGGCGGGAUCUGGCGUGGAUAAGAAAGGAGUGGGAUGGCCCGAUUGUGCUAAAAGGCAUCCAGUGCGCGGAAGACGCCAAGCUAGCGUGCGAGUACGGGUGUGACGGUAUCCUAUUGAGCAAUCAUGGAGGGCGGCAACUGCAUACCGCACCCAGCGCCCUGAUGACGCUGCUUGAGAUACGAACGUACUGUCCGGAGAUUAUUGGGAAGAUGGAGAUCUUCCUAGACGGCGGGUUGAGAGACGGGAGUGAUGUGUUGAAGGCGCUCUGUCUGGGUGCGACGGCUGUGGGCGUCGGAAGGCCGUUCUUGUACGCGCUGGCGGCAUAUGGAAGUAAAGGGGUGGAGCGGUGUGUUGAUGUGCUGGCGGAUGAGCUCGCGCUGGGAAUGCGGCUGUUGGGCGUCACGGCGCUAGACCAGUUGAGGCCCGAAAUGGUAAACGCGAGUAGACUUCUAAAUGAGAUGUGGAGGCCAGAGGCUGCGGGUUUGAAGAGUCGAUUAUAGAGCGUGCAGUUUCGAAGGGGCGGCCACUUCCCUGCCGAGGAUGGUAUUUACGCCGGUGCGUUGUCCUAUAGUAGAGCAUUUGGUUUUAGAAAUAGACGUCCCC